UAAUUGACUUCACAUUUGAUAACAAUUUAGUGAAAACAUUAAUUGCAUUCAAAUUGUAUCAAAAAUUUAUACAUAUUUUAAUUGAUAUACAAUUGGUUUUAGUAUUUGAUUGUGUUUUGCGAUCAGUUUUAGCCUUUUGUUUGCAAAUAAUGUCUAACUUUAAGAGUGAAGUGAUUCAGAGGUUAAGAGCGGAUAUUCGUUCAAAACUGGACCAAAUCGGGGCGUUUGUAGACAAUGAAUUAGCGGAUUAUAUAAUGGUUUUGGUCGCCAAUCAAAAGUCCAAAUAUCAGAUGAAAGACGAUUUGUCGCUGUUUUUGGGCGCAGAGACGGAUCAGUUCGUCAAUUGGUUGGCCAAUACUCUCAAACGACUACAACUCGCCAAUCAAUCCGACGACAAAACUGUGGCCCCAAUUGAAGACAAACCUGCGGUCAAAGAGUUGCCCAAAUCUACGACGAGUUUAGUUCUCACCAAAAGUAAAGCCAAACAUAAAAGAGUUAAGCGUUUGUCUGAAAACGACAAAAAUGGUGACAAUUCUAAUGAGACAAUUGAAGGCAAAGCAGAACCGACGACAACCGUCACCAGCGGUGCGAAGACAAGCGUCGAAACAAUGGAUAAGGCGUUGAGCCCACAGACCAACGACACCAUCGACUCGGAUGACAAUAAACACGACAAACCGGAAACGAAUGACAGCGAAGUUGUGCUGCGAUUGAAUCCCGACGGCGGAGAUGUCGAUGAAUUACUACAGGAAAGUGAUGUCAACGAAGACAAUAAAAUUAGUCCUAAAAAAGAGGAGAUUAAAGAAGAGACUAUUAACGAAGUGAAGACAACAUCCGUUAGAACAACGUCUUUACGACGACAACCCGUAGCCACUGCUCCCAUCUCUUCGAUCGGAUCCUUUGUGUCUAAUAAAGCGAAACAAAUUGGACAACAAGAAGAUGAUGUGCCCGAAGACGUGCCUAAAAAGAGACCAAUGAUAUCGUCGGUGGCGAGUGUUGUUCGGCUGACUCAGCGUAAGCCGAGUGUUCCGAACGAACUUCAGGCCAAU